GCUUAGCUGCAAAUCAGAUAAUAUCCUUCGUCGGUAUAAAAAUCGAAAAUGGAAGGCCAAGCGACAAUGCGGACGCUUUUAGCCGCCGGUGGAACCUAAGCUUAAGAUUCUUCUCCUCCAUUAAAUUGUACACGAAUAUCAGAAUAUUAAAUAAGAGAACCUCGAUUCUCAAUCUGCCCCCUCAAAUUCCUCGAAUUUUCUCGACUCUCUGAAAAGUUGUCGGUCCGGUGGCUUUUCGCGGAAGCGAAGUUUCUCCGGAUCAAAUUCCAAUUAUCAUGUAAAAACAUUUUCCAUACUCUCUCUUCUCUGUUUUUAUUCUUUUUUGGAACUUUUUAGUUUCUCCCAGAUUUUGAAGCCGAAGAGUUCCCAAAGAAAGACAUGUUGUGUAGGAUGGUACUGCUGCCCCGGAAGAAGAAGACCGGUACGGUGCCGGUUUACUUGAAUGUCUAUGAUUUGACUCCCAUUAAUGGCUAUGCUUACUGGCUUGGCCUCGGGAUUUACCAUUCUGGUGUGCAAGUUCAUGGUGUGGAAUAUGGUUUUGGUGCACACGACCACCCAAGCACAGGUAUCUUUGAGGUUGAACCAAGGCAAUGCCCUGGUUUCACUUUCAGAAAAUCAAUAUUGAUUGGAAGAACCGAUCUUGGUCCCAAAGAAGUUCGUUCGUUCAUGGAGAAGCUAGCUCAAGACUAUUCUGGGAACAGUUACCAUCUUAUCACCAAGAACUGUAACCACUUCUGCAAUGAUGUGUGUAUCAAGUUGACUGGGAAAACAAUCCCUCGUUGGGUUAAUCGUCUUGCUCGUUUAGGUUUUCUUUGCAACUGUGUACUGCCGGCAGAAUUGAAUGAAACUAAGGUUCGCCAAGUUAGAUCACAAACUAAUGUGAAAGCGGGAGAUAAGAAGAAACUAAGAAGCCGUUCAAGUAGGUUAUUAUCUACUUCCAAUGCGGUAUCUUCUCCUUCAUUGACGCCUUGUUAAUCAGGUUCUGAUAACAGAAGUAGUAGACAAAUAUUUCGCCCUCCUCAGACAUUAGUUCAUGAUACUUCUACCUCAUCGUUGAGCUUGAAGAUUUAAUGGGACCCAGUUUUUCAAGUUUCUUUAGCGUUAAUAGAAUUUUUUUUUUUAAUAUCAAAUAUAUAUGGGGCAAAAUUGCAUAUUUCAUUUCUGUCCUAUCUUGUUAUCUGGUUUAUUUUCUGUUCUUUUUGGUUGGCUGAUUGCCUAAACAGCGGACGUGUUGCAGCGCUACUUGUAAAGAAACUUUCUUGUUUUCAAGGAGUGGAAAUCUUAUGAUAUUCCAGUCGUUUGGUUCCUUUCA